GCACAAAUAUUAUAUGACUGUGUCGAACCAUAGAAACAUGGCUUUCAUCAAAAUACUUGGGACUUUGCUGGCCGGUUGUAUAUGUGUGCAAGCGGACUACAAUACCAACGGGUUUGACGAUAGCGGAUUGUUCGUAGGAGGCGGAAGUGACGGCUCGCUAGGAGGAGGCGGUGGCGGAUUUGUGGGCGGCGGAAGUGGCGGCUUGCUAGGAGGAAGUGGCGGCGGGUUUUCCGGAAGUGGAAGUGGAUACAUGGAUGAUGGCUACAUUGGAGGAGGCUCUGUUGGAGGCGGCCUCGCGGGAACCGGCGGUUUGGGCUCCGGAAUGUUCGGUGGAGGGAUUCGUCAAAGCUUGUCUGGUGGGAUAGGGGGUGGGAGUGUAGACCCUGGUUUUGGAAUGCCCGCCCAUAGCUACAAACAGAUGGGUGGACACGGGAUGUUUGGGUCAGGAAUGGGUGGGAUCGGGGGUUUUGGGGGUGGGGCGGGCAUAGGAAGUGGAGUUGCUGGACUUGCUCGCGGAGGUGCGUAG